AUGAAAGCGAUCCUUCAAGAGGCUGAGCAUGAAGGCCUCCAGGGAAUCCAACUAAUAGAUGCCUUCCAAACAAUCGCCACAAUCGCACAUAGCCCAUCCAUCGGAAUCAACCGUAGACUCGCAUCCACAAAUAAGGUGGAGCUCGAAAUGAUUCAAGGCAAACUAGAACACUCGGUUAGACCAGUAGUCGAGAGACUCAUGAAACAGGUGCACGAAUCAAACGUCUAUAACUCAGCGGAAAUAGUUUUUUGGGCAAAAAUGAUGGAACCAUUGGAAAGAGACUCUGUCUCAAAAGCUGACCUUCUGAAGCUGGAAGAAGCAGUUUCCUGGAUAUUGGGCAGACUCUGGAAUGACUCAGCAGAAGCCAUCUUCAGAAUGAUUCUGGCGCGCUGCAAACCUCCAGAAAACCUCAAUUCACGUGCCUCUCCGCGAAUGACGCUCAUCGCCCACAUUUGGAACAUUAGCAUGACGCUCAGAGAGUUUUUAACAAACAUCGACGCAAAUCAAGAUUUCACCGCCUGGGAUGCUAUCAGGACGCUUCGGGCAAUCUGGCCACCAAGAGAUCGCAUCGCAGCCGCAGAAUACAGAGUCCUUAAUCUCAACGACAUCGACAACCGACUUGAAAGAGGACUCGAAGACCCAUCCUCGCUUCUCGGCACCACAUACGAGAAACUCUUCUGGAAGAUUCCGAUCCCAAGAAGCUAUGAAUCCGCCCGCGCAGCCGCAGGAUUCAAAAGAAAGAGAACAAGCCAAGAAGCCGAAGAGCUGGAAGUCCAUCGAGGCCCAAAAUCACUACCCGAAUGGAAAAUCUAUGAGACAGACCUUCUUCACAGAGUCAUAAGAGUUCUAAACAACGAGGCCAAACCCGACUGGGAAACCCUUGCGCUGAGAAAAGAAUCUGACUUCAUCGCGGGCCAAUGGACUCAUAACAAAGAUAACUGGAGAGUCCUCAUCCAUCAGAUGCCUGAAAAAGUGAAGCCGCUGAUCUACCAUUUCGUCCAUGGAGGAGCAGACCUGUUCUUGAAUCUCAAAAGAAUACCCCCCCAAGAAACCUGCCGAAUUCAAGCGGAAGGAGUUAGUGACAAUAUGGAAGCGAAAUUCGGCCAACUCAGACACUUUGAGAAAACUAGGCGGAAAUUUCAAAACCUGAUCGGCAAACGCUACAAAUCCCUCACGAUUCCGAGCCAAGAAGCUGUAAGAGAAAGAAGCGACGAAAUUGUCCAACAAAUCACCGACUGGUGCGAAAUGGGCUCGGUAACAAGAGUCACAGAUUCAAAAGGAUGCUGGAUCCGAGCGGGAUUCGUUCUCGUCGACAAACCAGGAAGAGAAACCAGAGUCUGUUGGAACGGUGGAGUCCUCAAGCCUCUGCAGCUGUACACAUUUCCAUGCAAAUUAGAAAGCGUCGGUGCUGCAAUCCAAAUGCUCAAAAAGGGAGACCUGCUGUACAAAUUCGACGAUAAAAAGGGAUUCCACCAGCUGCCUCUCAGCGAAGAGAGCAAGAAACUCGCUUGCUUCGAUUGGGGCGGCCAGUACUUCAGAAACAAUAUACUCGCAUUCGGAAUCCCAGCCGCGCCUGGAAUCUACCAGCUGAUGAAUCUAUGUGGAGUCAAUUUUCUGAGGAAAAACGGAAUCAAAAUAACACUCUACCUCGAUGAUAGACUCCUAGCCGUCACUCCAGAAUCUGAAGAAGAUCGACGCCAGCUUCUAGCGGGAGAGAAAGUCGGCAAAGAAGUCUGGGCAACAGUAGCGACGCUGGUGGCACUCGGCGGCUAUGUGAACAUCACCAAAAGCACCUUCAAACCCACCCAAAGAAUCGAAUUCCUUGGAUUCAUUUUGGACACGGAAAGCGAAACAGUGGAGAUUCCGAUGCAAAGAUGGGCAGCCCUCAAAAACCUUAUGAAAGAAGCCGAAGCGAAAACUGAAGUUCCGUCCCAGAUGCUCGAAAGAAUCAGAGGCACAAUGGCAAGUAUGGCCGAAGUCCUUCCGAACAUGAGAAUGCUCAUCCGCCAAACGACAAUCCUCAUCAGCCAAGCGCUCAGAGAAGAAAAAGAAUCCUGCUUGCUGACAAAGGAAGUCCGCGAGGAAUGGAGACUCUGGACUCUUCUGGAAGAAAAAGGACUCAAAAGACAUUGGACAAAGCUGAACCGCCAAGAAACAGGACUCAUAAUCUUCACGGAUGCUUCUUCACACGCAGGAGCCAUCGUCAUCGAGCAAUGGAAGCUGGAGGAGAGAUUUGCUUGGGAAGCAGAAAUGGCUGAUAAACACAUAGGAAUCAAAGAAGCCCUUGCGAUUCAAUUCACCCUCGAGUGGUACGGCCAAAAACUAAAGAACCAAAGGGCGCUGUUCCUCUGCGACAACGACAGUGUAGUCCAAGGAGCCAUAGCGGGGAGCAAAGAUCCCGAAAUGAACACGAUUCUAGUCAGAAUCUGGACUCUCGCUCAGAGAUUCAACAUAGAUAUGAAAGUCGACUGGGUCAGCACAAAAAAGCAACUGGCUGACGCUCCCUCCAGGGAUUUGGACUCCAGAGAACAAAAACUAACGGCAAAUGGAUUCGCUUAUCUGCAAUCUCACCUUUCGGACCCGCUCGACAUUGACGUGGCAGCAACGCCACUCAACAAUAAAUGCAGAGACUUCAUCGCGCGCCGAGAGACAAAAGGAGCCUUUGGAAGAGACUUCCUAAGCUUCCCAAUCCAUGAACUAAUCGGAAGAAAGCUGUACGCGUUCCCACCUCCGAAAAUCGCCCACAAAUACUACAAUAGACUCACCGAAAUAGCGACGCCAUGGGCUUUAGUGGUGCCGUGUUUCGAAGCCGAGCCUUUAGUCGUGACUCAAGCUAAACUCAAAGGCUACAGAGUCUUUGACAUCCCAGCGGAUUCCAUUUUAACACCAGCGAAGGUGAAAACCAUCGAAGGCUACUGGAAAGUGGCGACCAACGUCUCAACAAUCAAAAUUAUCGCAAAUAGACUCUAA